CUUGAUUUUUUAUUUUAGUGAUUUUGGUUUGGGUUAUUUUGGGAAGAAGAGUUGUUUGGUUCAUUUUGAGAUUCGGUUAGUUUUAAGGAUCCAAUCCAUAUUAUUACCAAAUUUACAUGUAAGAGGUUCCGAUCUAGUAACCUGUAGUAGUUAUUUUUUAACAAGAUAACUUAAUGUUUAGAUAGUUAUUAGAAAAGUUAAUGAACAAGUUUAUCAAAUUUAUUUCAAUUCAUUUUUCAAAACAAAAAGAAAAAAAGAAAAUAAAUUUUCAACUCAUAAUGAAUGAAGUACUCCAUAGUUCAUAGUAUUAUUUUAUUUAUGCCCGUCAAAGGUUAACGCUUAAGAAAAAUAAAUGGUGUAUGUUGUACUCCGUAUGUAGAUAGGUAUAGGCCCAAAAAUGUGAAGAUCCCAGCAAAUAAGGCAUUUAAAUGCUCUGUUCAAAUGAAAGCCCAUUUUUACAAUUUGAUAAUUUGAUGAAGUAAUACCUUGCCAAAAAAAAAAAACCUCUUUUUCCAAAGGUUCCAAUUUCCUUCAAUUUACGUACUCUGACACUACUCUAAGGGCAAAUUCUGCAAAAAAUUGUCCGUAAUUCUUAGAAUCUCAUAUCAUAUCCAUUCUCGUAUGAAUCUUUAUGUUGUUUUAAUCUAAAGAAACGAAAUUUAGAGGGCAGUUGCCAAAGCACACCAAGUGUUUGAUAAAAGGCCUAAGUGAAAGCAAAUCAAACAUGGAAGUUACAGUUGGAACGCUAAUAAAAGUUGGAGCUACUGUUGCUGGAGGGAUGCUCGCCCUCUCUCUCGCCACUUCCACCACCAUCAAAGUCAUCCAUUUCGCAACCGAAGCUAAAAGGAAAAGCGAGGCGAAACCAUGUCUAGGAUGUAAAGGAAAAGGGUUCUACAUUUGCAAACUUUGCAAAGGGAAUGCUACCAUACAAUGGUCUCCUUUGUAUGAUCCUAUUCAUAUCAACCCUUGUCAAUGCCCGACUUGUGAUGGUCAUUGCAUUCAACGAUGUCUCAACUGUAUUGGUAAAGGAUACUAUUGAGCUCCUCCAAUGGUGUAUCUUGCUCCAACUUCUGCAAUCCAUUCAAGCUAGCUGCAUAGUGCGUUGGAUGGAAUAUACUCCAUUGUUGUCGUGUCAAGAUGAAUCUAAGCAUGACCGUGGUUUCCUAUAAGUUUAACUAGCUUAGCUGAUUGAAGUCUAAUAAUAUCGGCCUAAUUUAAUUUGUACUGUAAUUUCAUUCUGUUUUGUUUGUGAAUGAGAACAUAUUAUGUUAUAUUUCUCAAAGAGUUAAAGAUAAACGAGUGACUAGCUAUUAUUAAUUAGUCUUGUAUCAAUUGAACUAAAUAGAACUACUUUGUAUAGUAGAAAAGGCUAAUUCAGUUAAUAAUUCAACUAUAAAUUCAAACAGGUUUGUGUAACUGAAUUGGUACAAAUAAAGGAUGGUACCAAACUCAAUAACAUUUACAUUCUCUAGUCCAUUUUAGAUUUUUA